AUGGCCAACCUUACAAGUUCCACCUCCGAUGACAAGCAGAAACACACCACAGCUCCGGGUAUUUCAGGGGAGGCGGAGCGUUCAGGGAAGAGCAGUGACUCCGCGGAGGAGGACAUGCCAGCUGAGGGGGGAGUGGAGAAUCAGAUCAACGAACAGCACCUUCGCCGCAUUGAACGCAUGUUCAGAGAGGCUGACACAGAUGGAGGGGGGGGGUUGGAUAUGUCUCAGUUCCGAGAUGCGAUGAAGAAGAUCAUGGGCGAUGUGGAUGACGAGGAUGUGGACAUUAUCUUUAUGAAGGUGGACACCAACUGUGACGGCAGAAUGGACUGGGUUGAAUAUCUGAACUACAUGCUGUUAGAGUACAGAGAGAAAGACUCUUUGCAGCAGCAAAACAGGCCAAUCUACUUUCCCAAACCACUCAAGAUUGUGCCUGUUGCACACUGUGAGACCAUUGUCCGGCUCCAGUUCUACCCAUUCCAGCCCCCAGCCGGGGAGAAAAAGACAGACUCUGGGGAGCAUGGCAGGGCCUCGGGGGGUUCUAAGGGCCGCGCCCACAGUGGACGCUACCUGUCAAUCAGCCGUGAUGGCGUUCUCAACUACUGGAGCGAGAGGUUCAAGCUGCUGCGCACAGUCAAUAUAAGUCAGAUGCAGCACACAGUGGCCCAGCCCGUCUGGGUGACAGACAUGGUCUGCCUGAGCAACAUCAACCAGCUCUGCAUCUCCUCCACAGGGCGAGACGUAGAAUUCUAUGACAUCAGUGCCAGUAAGUGUGACAUAGUGUUCUCCCUGUCGGAGCUGGAGGCCAACGUGGAGGUGAUGGACUACUGGACAGAUGGUAAGAGAGGAGUGUACUCCAUUGGGGAUGCCAGUGGCACCAUAUACAUCUUUGUCUCCUCUGAUGUGGUCCAUAAUGGCCUGUUCAACAGUGCUGCCUUCAAGACAGUUUCAGGAACAAACUAUCGCAUCCCUGUGUCAGCCCUGCUCAAAAACACCUCCAGCUCAUUUCUCUGCUUUAGAGUCCCCAGCCACAAUGACUGGAUCCACCAGAUCCGCUACAUCCCAGAGUUGAAUGCCAUCGCCACCUGCUGUGCGGCAGACCAAACGUCCAUGAUCCUGACCACGCUGCCCCACUCACGCAAGUGUAAAAUUCAAACUGCACUCUUUCACAUGCAGAAGGGAAUUCUGUGUUUUGACUACUCACCUGAGCUCAACGUUCUGGUGACUGGAUGCUUCGAUCGGGUUGUGAGGGUCUGGAACCCCUAUGUGACCAAUCAGGCCACAUCACAGAUGAAAGGUCACAGCACCAUCAUCACUCACAUCGCUGUCAACGGCAGAGACAACAAGAUCAUCAGUGUGUCCAAAGACAAGAAUGUGCGGGUGUGGGACCUGCAGGACAGUGUCUGCCUCCAGAACAUCCAAUCCAGGAACGUCAACAUGGGCUGCUUCCCCAUCACCAGCACCUACUAUAACCACACCAGUAACACCAUGGUGAUGGCUACGUACCUAAUUGGAGUUCUGCGAGGGUCUAUGGAGGAUGCAAACUGCUCUGUACCCACAGCUACAACAUCACAUGAACAACCACUCUGUGCUGCUCUCUACAACUCCAACUUCAAACAGGUGGUAAGUGGGUGCCAUGCGGGCGUGGUCAGUGUGUGGGACAUCCUGACGGGGGAGAAGGUAAUGCAGUUCCAAACGACCCCUGAGCGACCAGUUGAGGUCACUGCCAUGGCAUUCGACGGGCCCAAACGCCGCCUCAUCACCGGGUCUAAAGACGGCACCCUGCGUCUCUGGAACUUCAACAACGGGGCUCUCCUUUCUGAACUGCCCCUGGUGGACAGCAAUGAGGUUACAGGGAUUCUGUACAUCAACGAGAGGAUUUAUGUUUCAGGCUGGAGCAAACGGGUCAUGUGGUAUCUGGACAAUAAGGAGGAGGAUAAGAUGGAGCACCGCGUGUGGAACCAGUACCACUCAGACGACAUCUAUUCCAUGCACGCCCACGGCAGCAAGAUGCUGGUGACCGCCUCCUACAGCGGUGACGUCAUUGUCUGGAACAUAGAUUCAGGGCAAGCCUUCUGCCGUUUCAACGCUAGCGAGAGCCCACUGCCCCUCUUACCCAUACGGGUGAUAGAGAAACCAGGCCAGGUGGUGACUGUUAUGAGUCCAGACGGUUUGGGGAAGGAGGAUGAGGACGAUGUGUGGCUCCGCUCUAUGGUGGAAUUUCUUGAGACUGUGAGCCAGACUCUCAACCCUCAGGCUCGUCGUCCCAGCUGUGCCAACCCUGCCCACACCAACGUCAUACAGGUACACAUGGAACGCAAGAGCAAAACCAUCAACCUAGACGAGCUGGAGAAGCCUCGGUUUGCAGUGGAGAAGGUGUUGUUUCUGGCCACCCGUGAGCGUAGCCCUGACACGGCCAUCCUCCUGACCAGCUCAGCAGACGGCUACAUCUACGCCUGGUCUAUCGGCCGUAACGGAGGGCUGCUGGGGAAAUUCCGUGCCGUGCAUAGCAAGGGGCCAGUCAUCUGUGCCAUGUCCACUGACAGACAGGACCAGAUACUGCUCACUGGAGACAGCAACGGAUACAUCACGCUGUGGGACAUUGAGAAGUACUGUUACCGUAUGAGGGGUGGGGUGGCGGAGGAGGAAUCAUCCAAUGAGGACUCUCUGAAGUUGCCUCAACUCAUACCUCCCUACUGCAAAGUGGAGGGACCACGGAGGCUGGUGGUGGAGCAGGACAAAGAGAUUUUGCAGGGAUGGAGUGUGUCCCUGAUCCCCCCUAGGCCCCUGAGUUCCUGGCGCUGCCACCUGAAAGGGAUCGUUCAUCUUGAGUAUGUGGAGCGUUUCCGCCUCAUCGUCACAGCCAGCCUGGACUGUAACGUACGUCUGUGGACCACCGCUGGCAGAUACAUCGGUACAUUUGGGCAGGGCCUGUGGCGGGUGGGCGACCCCAAGGCCCUCCACACAGAGCUCCCAGUGGAUCUGAAGAGGAUGGGGUCCUGUCAGACACUUAAAGUCCUUAAUGAGGGGAAGUACCCGCACUGGAGCUGUGCCAAACGCAUCCUGGAGGGCCUGACUGCACAGAAGAGUCAGCAGUCGACAAAGUUUGGUGGGGUCACAACGCAGCUGAGGGAACUGGUUCCUACCGACCCACGGAUCGUCAAGUACACCGACGAGCAGAUUGAGAACACAUGGAGGCUGUGGCAGGAGAAGGGAAGGCAGACCAGCAGCAUUUUAGGACGAGCAUACAAACAGAAAGUGAGACAUCACCUUCCGUCCUGUACCCCUGACCUCCAGACAACCUUCAGCAGUCAAGAGCAGUUGAGGGUGUAUAAGGCCUUGCCCUACAGCGUUCUGCGGCCCGUCACCCUGCCCCCUGUCCCAGAGCUUCUGAAGGACCAUCAACACAGGUUAAAUGAGGGCACAGACACUGCCGCCAAGCAGAAGAGGAGCACUAAGCGCCGGCCCCACUCACACACACGCUACCUGGCUGCUCCUCCAUGA